GCUGUCAAAGUAGCAUCGAGGGAAAAAAAAACAAACGAAAUCGUUCACUUCACAAGUUGUUUUCAUUCGCUCGUGGAAGUUGCGAUCCGGACUUCCGGCCACAGUGAAAUGUCCAGCCUAGUGCGAAUGAGCAAUGCACCGUUGGUGCGCAACCUAGUGAACCACUCGCUACGCACCGUGCGGCUUAUUUCUUCGUCGCAGAAAAACCGCGAUGCUGCCACACUCGACAUCCCGAAGAAGGCGGCCGCUCCAAGCGGCGCGGCUGCAGCCUCGUCCGUCGGUACCAGCCGCAACUGGGUGAGCUACGGGUUCGAUCGGCAAGACGAGGCGCACGACCGCAACGUCACGAAUUCUUCGUUCUUCUUCACCGUCACACUGUGCCUGGUGUUGGGCACAGCCUACUGGGCGUACGUGCCAGAUCCACAGCUGCAGGACUGGGCUCAGCGUGAGGCAUACCUGGAGCUGCGUCGCCGGGAAGCGGCCGGUUUGGAACCGAUCAGCAAGGACUUUAUCGACCCGGCCCAGAUUGUGCUGCCCUCGGACGAGGAGCUGGGCAACACCGAAAUCGUCAUCUAAAGGAAUAGCAUGUAACACCGGUACCGUGGUCGGAGAAGAAUCGCUGGAUUAUGUAAUGGUCCGCCCGCCGCGCGGGAUCCGUAAAUUCGUCGGGGUCCCGGUCUCGUUUGUACAUAACAGCGAAGAAAACGAGAGGCGGAAAGAUUGUAGCAGAGUGUUGUGAAGAUUGCGAUGUAACUGAAUAACCAAUAAAUAGGGAAAAUCGUACGAAAAGUA